AUGGGAAACUCCUUUUUUCCAGCUGUUGAACCUCCACCAUGUCAUUCAGCUUGCACUGGCCCUGUGGUUGAGGUUCUGACGGCUUUCUUUCGCUCAGAAAGUUUCAAGGAAAGUAUGUAUAAGGCAUGCGGGGCUUAUCAUGAAGCUCAAGCGUGCAUGCUCCUAAACAGCCACUGUGGCUCAGAUUCAAUGUUUGAAUCAAUGACGAGUGGUCUGAAGUAUAUGUGUGAGGAGCAAAUAGAGGCAUUCAAAGCGCUAGUUGACUGCAUUGAUGAAAACAGCAAUCGCGAGAUGCUUACUCGACCUCUAUCAGGAAAAGAAGAAGUUUUUCCAUCAGCUACCCAACUGACCUCAUUCCUUAGUGGUUUGCUACCUCGUUCAUGCAGUUUUUUGACAUCUACCGCAGGGCGCAAUAGUUUCCGGAUCGAUCCGGAGUUAGAUCAGGAGAUUAAACGGAUGUAUACGGAUAAAAAUAGGCGCGUUGGAGUAUCUUUACCAGAUCCUCUCGGUGAACCUAUUCUUAUCAGCAACCCAUUCCUGGAGCUGCCUUUUCUUUUCCAACCAAUUUCUCCAAUCGAUAAUCCAGUCCUUCCAAUCGUUAGUCCACUAGCGCCAGAGGACAACAUGAGAGCGUCUGAGCUGGAUGUAUCUGGAAGUGGGAACGAGCUGAAAAAUAAUGAAGAAGAGUCUGUAGAUAUCGUAGAGGCAUCUGGGGUUGGCGAAGGCGUUGAAAUAGAAGGAAGUGGCCUUGCUAAUAAAAACUCAGAACUCAAAAUCAGCAUUGAUGACCUAGAGGGCAGUGGAAUCAGUGCAAAAUCCAGAAAUCUUGAAAGAGAAGGAAGUGGUGAAGUGGAAGGAUCUGAGAGCUCCGGAAUAGAAGCAAGCGGAAUCCAAGAGGACUAUCUUUACAUCUCAAAAAACAAUACCGAAGAGGGAAAGGGCAGUGGAAUCAGUGCAAAAUCCAGAAAUCUCGAAAGUGAAGGAAGUGGUGUAGUGAAAGGAUCUGAGAGCUCCGGAAUAGAAGCAAGCGGAAUCCAAGAGGACUAUCUUUACAUCUCUAAAAACAAAAACGAAGAAGGGAGUUCCUUUGAGAGUUCUGGAAUCGAAGCAAGUGGUUUGCAUGAAGAAUUUCUGACCUCCAAAGGUUCUUCCGUAGAGGGAAGCGCUCUGAUAGAAUCCAGGGCACUGGCUGAAGAAGGAAGUGGUGAAGAUGAGAAGGAGUUCUUUUACUAUAUCGACAAACCGAAACAGUUGGCAUCUUAUCCUGUAAGAGCUGGUGAAGUUUACAAGAUUUACACAAUAGCCAAUGAGGAUGUGCAAGGUGGGUCGCUUCGAAUUUUCUUAUAUAAAUAGUG